AUGUAGAUUUCCAUUUAUUUGAAUUUGAAGGAAUAUUAGGAAAAGGAUCAUUUGGAAUUGUGUUUAAAGCGUUUAAUAAAGUUACAAAAUAAACAGUAGCUGUAAAAGUAAGUGAUUGAAAUACCUAACUUAUUGUAGGUAAUAAAGAAAAAAUAAAAGCAAUAAUAUGGGCAACUAGUGUAGGAAGCAUAAAUUCAAUAAGAAUUAUAGCAUCCAAAUAUUGUUAAAUUUUUUGGAGUUUAUGAGACUGAAAAUAAGAUUCUAAUAGAAAUGGAGCUGAUACCUGGAGGUAAAAAUAGUAUUAAGAUUAGGUUCAUUAAGCACAAUAAAAAAAUGUUCUGAAGAAUAAGCCAAAUAUAUAAUGUAUUCAAUUUUAAAUGCAUUACAGUAUAUGCAUAAUAACAAUAUUGCACAUAGAGACUUAAAACCUGAAAAUAUCCUAAUUACUAAUGAUCUUCGCUUUGUUAAAGUAACUGAUUUUGGAUUAAGUACAGGAUAGUCAUCCUUAAUGACAAAAUAGUGUGGGACUUUAAUAUAUAUGGCUCCAGAAUAAUUAAAUAAUAGAAUAUAUAACAAGGCAAUAGAUAUAUGGGCUGCUGGAGUUAUUAUGUAUUAACUUCUUGUUGGUUAACAUCCAUAUUAUAAAAAAGGAUGUGAUAUAGCUUAAUCUUAAUUAGCAAUGCAUGAAAAUUGCUAGAGAUUUUUGAAUGAGUAUUAAAAAAAUAAUUAAUCUAGAGUACUUAAUUCGGUCUAUUUCGAAGAUUGACAGAAAUUAAUCCUACUAAACGUUAUAGCGCUACUUAAGCUAUGUUACAUCCUUGGUUUAAUAAUGGAGGCGAAGAGCCUUUGACAAUGGAAGAAUAAUUCUAAUAGUGGAAAAAAUCUCAAAAAUUUCAAAAUAUUAUCUCACUUUUAAUGUUCUUGAUAAAGCUGGGAUACAAGAAGGAAUUACAUAAUAAAGAACUUUAUCAUCAAAUCUCAAAGAAUCAAAAUAAUAUCAAAAAACAAGAUUUGUUAACUAAUUAUGAUUAAUUGUUUGCUGAUUACUAAAAAUCUUUUACAGAUGCUUAGAAAACUAAAUUAUCUACAGUUGCUUUUACUCCAAGAUUAGAAAACAAUGAUAAUAAUGAACCAAAUAUUUUUCAGUCUUCCUUAAUUAAGCCUUUUAAGCUAGGAGUUUUGAAUAUUAAUUCUUAAAAUUAAACACCACAAAUCGCUGAUGAUUUUAAUUAAGUAUCAAUAAUUAAGUAUUCUCAGCAAUCUUGUUAAAUUAAAGAUAGUAUAGAAAAAUAACUUAUACGUCCUUAAAUUAUGAUUUAAUCUCAACAUACAAAAUUGAUGAAUAAUCUCACUGAAAUAGAAAAAAAUAUACAAGAUAAUGAUUCUCAAUAAUCAAGACUAGAACAAUAAUGCUUAUAAUCAACAGCCACCAAUAAUACAAGUUUAAGUCCUACAAAAUCUCCAUUAAAAAGAAAAAGAAUUAAAAGAUCAUAAAUUAAAUAAUUUCCUAAUUAAGACAUCAUGAACUUUAAUUUACAAUAAAUGCCAAACAUUACUUAAAAAUCACAAUAAUAAUAAUAAUAGUAAUAAUAAUAAUAGUAAUAAUAAUAAUAAUAAUAAUAAUAGUAAUAAUAAUAACAACAACAACGAUAAUAAUAAUAGUAAGAGUAAUAUCAAUAAUAGUAAUAAUAGUAAUAAUAAUAACAAUAAUAAUAAUAAUCAAUAACAACAACUAAUAUUAUUAGAUAAUAGUCUCCAUCACCAAAAAAUAAAUUUAAAAUAUAGCUUAAGCCAUUAAAUAAUUAAUAAUAAUCGAAUGACUAUAAAUCUUAACAAAAUGGAAACUUAACACUACGUUUAAAGGUCUAAAGACCUUCAGUUGAUAGGGAAAUUUAUGCUCCCCCGGUGUUAGAUUUAAGUAAUUUAGCUCUAGAAUGUUUGAGCCCAAAAUAUCGUAAAUCUCGAACAAAUAGUUUGCAUUAUUAAAAACGAGUUUAUGCUAAUGAGUUUUAACCAUCUAGAGUGCUGGGAAGCUGUUACAAAUAGCAAUAAGAUACAUUUUAUGUGAAAUGA